AUUAUGGGUUCAUCAGCAUCCUACAGAGAGUACGGAAACACUUAUGAUAGCACAUAUAUCAGCAAGGAUAAGGAAAAUUUACAGAAGAUUAACUGCAAACCUAGAAAGAUUACGCAUUUGAGGUUUUUCUAUGACAAGACUUUCAUUGUAGGCAUUGAAACAUAUUACGAUGGAGUCUCAGCUGGUGCUAACCUUGGAAUUGAAUUCAAGGAAGCUGAUUAUUUUGAUUUUAUCCUUGGUCCAAAUGAGUUUAUUACAAAUAUUAGUGGAUCUGCAUGAGAAGUUAUUGAUGAGCUCUUUUUUACAACAACUAAUGGAAGAAUUUUCCGGAUCGGUCAAAAUAAAAGAGGGAAGGCUUUCAAAUUAGAAGCUAAAGGCAAAGUUGUAACUAGUCUCACAACUGGAAUGGGAUUAUUUUUGCAUAAGAUAGGAGCUAUUUUCGAAAAGAGACCUAAGCAAAGACAUUCAGUGUUCCAGUAUCCACAAAGCCAAAGAACUUUUACUCAAACUGCUCCAAGGAGGGAAGAUACAUUGAGGCCUUUUUCAAGAGAAGAAAUCCUAAGGAAUUCUGUUCAUAUAGAAACAGUUUCUCCUCAACAGUAUAUGAGGAUGGAUACACCUUCUAGAAUUGAGGAGUCAUCUUUUGAUAGCUCUCAAACUAUUGAACCUAUUAACCAAUCAAAGCCAAGCAACUAUAGGAUGACUCAGGUGUAUAAUGGCCUUGAGCCUCAGCCUGUAAGGACAAGUCAGCCUCAGUUCAAUUAUUACUCUAUUAAUCAUCGAUAA